AAUUUGAACUUAUCUCGAUUGAUCAUCGACAACUAAUCAUCUCCAAGAAAACAAAAAUUAAAGAUCAAGAAAAUUCAUUUAAAGAGGAUUACAUGUCUUUAAAGAGAAUGAGAAAGUGAUUUUAUACUCUUAUCUCUCUCUCUCUCUCUCUAUUAUAUAUACAUAUAUAGACAUACAUAGUGUAGGGUAGCCCACACUUACCAGCCCUUGGCCAGCUCAUUCAUAACCACACUCAUACAUAUGUGUGUAUACGUAUAGAUAGGUGCGUGUAUAUACAUAUAUAUAUAUAUAGGAGAUAGAAGUGGUGUUUGUAAUAAGAUGGGAAUUAUGUGGGUGAUGAUAUUGUGGGUGUUUGGAGCGGCGGUGGGAAUUGGGAGAGGAGGAGAUGUAACGUAUGAUGGAAGGUCUCUCAUGGUGGAUGGUCACCGCCAAAUUUUCUUCUCAGCUUCUAUUCAUUAUCCUCGCAGCACUCCUGAUAUGUGGCCGUCCUUGAUAAGCAAAGCAAAGGAAGGAGGAGUAGAUGUGAUUGAAACUUACGUCUUUUGGAAUCUUCACGAGCCUCAACCUCUUCAAUAUGAUUUUAGCGGACGAAAUGACUUGGUGAGAUUCAUCAAGGAAAUCCAAGCACAAGGCCUUUAUGCUUUCCUCAGAAUUGGACCCUUCAUCGAAAGUGAAUGGACUUAUGGGGGGUUACCCUUUUGGUUGCAUGAUGUUCCCGGCGUCGUUUAUCGAACAGACAACGAACCUUUCAAGUUUUACAUGCAAAAUUUUACGACGAAAAUAGUAAAUCUGAUGAAGUCAGAGAAGUUGUAUGCUUCUCGAGGUGGUCCAAUCAUACUCUCCCAGAUUGAGAACGAAUAUGGAAACGUGGAGCCGGCGUUUCACGAGAAAGGACCGGUUUACGUUCGUUGGGCCGCUAAAAUGGCGGUUGAUCUCCAGACCGGUGUCCCCUGGGUGAUGUGCAAACAACCGGAUGCUCCUGACCCGGUGAUUAAUACAUGUAACGGGAUGAGAUGUGGGGAAACAUUUCCUGGCCCAAAUUCACCCAAUAAACCUAAAAUUUGGACAGAGAAUUGGACCUCUUUUUAUCAAGUAUAUGGUGGAGAACCGUACAUGAGAUCUGCCGAAGAUAUUGCAUUUCAUGUAGCACUCUUCAUAGCAAAGAAUGGAAGCUUUGUAAAUUAUUACAUGUACCACGGUGGUACCAAUUUUGGAAGAAGUGGAGCCGCUUACGUUAUAACAAGUUAUUACGAUCAAGCCCCUUUAGACGAAUACGGUUUAAUUAGACAACCUAAAUGGGGUCAUAUGAAGGAAUUACAUGCUGCAAUUAAACUUUGUUCCACACCUUUGCUACAAGGUGUCCCGACCAAUUUCUCACUCGGCAAACUUCAAGAGGCCUAUGUUUUUGAAGAACCAAGUGGAGCAUGUGUUGCAUUUCUAGUAAACUACGAUCCUACACGCACAUUUACCACUAAAUUUCGAGACACAUGGUUUAAGUUGCUUCCAAGAUCAAUAAGUAUUUUAUCAGAUUGCAGAAAUUUAAUUUUCAACACUGCUAAAGUAAGUACGGAAAAGAAGAAUACGAGAAUUACAACGCCCGAGAUAAAUUUUGAAGCAGAAGAUAAAUGGGAAGCGUACAGAGACUUAGUUCUAAAUUAUUUAAAUUCUUCGCUACGAGCAAAUAAGUUAUUAGAACACAUGAAUACAACUAAAGAUAAAUCUGAUUAUCUUUGGUAUACUUUUAGCUUUCAAUCCAAUACUUCGUGUUCUAAUGCCCAACUUCACGUUCAAUCUCUCGGACAUGUUGGACAUGCCUUCGUUAACGAUAAUUAUGCAGGGGGUGGACAUGGAAGUCAUACUUCCAAGGGAUUUACAAUCGAUAAUUCAAUUACGCUGAACAAUAGAAUUAAUAAUAUUUCGAUACUUAGCGUUAUGGUUGGAUUACCGGAUUCCGGGUCUUUUCUCGAAAGAAGAUAUGCCGGAUUAACCGAAGUACGAAUUCAGUGUUCGGACGAAACCACAGCGUAUGAUUUUGAAAACUAUGAAUGGGGAUAUGAGGUGGGUUUGCAAGGGGAGAAAUUAGGAAUAUACGAAGAGGAAAAUUUGGGUAAUGUAAAUUGGAGCAGUAACAUUACUCUUUUCAACGAUCAAUCUCUUACUUGGUACAAGACAGCGUUUGAUGCACCAAUGGGGGAAAAUCCAGUUGCCUUAAAUCUUAGCAGCAUGGGGAAAGGAGAAGCAUGGGUGAAUGGACAGAGCAUCGGUCGCUAUUGGGUUUCAUUUCAUACCCCUAAAGGACUCCCUUCCCAGACACUAUAUCAUAUACCUCGAUCGUUUCUUAAUGUCUCCAACAAUCUGUUGGUUCUAUUUGAAGAAUCUGGUGGAGAUCCUCUGCAAAUUACUUUGAACACAAUUUCAGUAAUUGACUCAACAGGACAUGUAUCUUUAUAUAAAUCCUAAUAUAUUGAGCUAAGUUCAUUCAUUUAUAUAUAUAUAUAUAUAUUCUAUAUUCUAUAUAACUACUUUCUCAAUAUACAAGAAGGUAAAUGUAUCAUUCCGCAUUAAAUAUAUGUAUAUAUAUAUGUGUGUAGUAAUUAAGCCUAAAAGAAAGUAAAGGUGGAUAGAAUAUGUAAUGAACCAAAAGGUAAAUCCAUUUGGAAAUCGUCUCAAUUAGGGAUUUUGGGAUUUUGCUUGGGAUGCAAUUUUUCUUGGGAAAGAAAGAGAAGCCGUAGAAGAUGGGGACCAUGUGAAUGUCAAAAAGAGUAGAAGGUUGUAUUUAGGGUUUAUCUACAGGGAGAUGAAGUAAUUUGAUUAGUCAAAAGAUUUCAUAAGAUGCCCUAAUCACUCUUUCACACCGACCAAAAGGUAAAGCACAAGAAGAAGAA